UAUACAGGUAUACCAAUACGAAAAAAAUUAAGGAAAUAAUAAAAACAAUACCUCUCCAAAGUACUAGUUGUUUAAAGUUUGUACAGCACAUAGAAACAGUUUAUCCCUUCAAUUUCUGUUAUUUCGGUAGCAAGGAAAUUGUUGGAUUUGUCAUAGUAAAGUGGAAGCUCACUGGGGUAUUUUGCAACUAGCAACACAAAACAACACAAGCUUUCGAAGCGAGAAAGAAGAAUUUUUGUUGGAUUCCUAAAACUUUUUAUGGACUAAACUCGUUUAUGGUUCUUGUCUAUGGCUGAUAAUGAUAGCGAAAAGCUAACGAAGCAGUCAUAAAGUUUUUAUAGGAUACGUUUCGAUGACAUAUAAAAUAACUAAUUACGGACAAAGUAAACAUUCAAAAUUAGCGUCCAACAGACAAGCUUGACGGUGAUGGCAACAGAUAUUGUUGCAACUUGGGAUGUUGCUUUAGCUGAUGGCAUACACACUGUGCUCUUUGAACACGGCACAACCACCGGCAAACGAGUCAUUCUUUUGGAUGGAGUCGAGAUACUACGAAAAAAUUGGAUGUUUCGUCUGGUGGGCAAAGAAGAAUUUACCAUUGGCAAGAAAGCAAAGGCUACGAUACGCAUUGAAGCUGUGAGCGGCUUUGCGUACGAGUACACUCUUGAUGUGAAUGGCAAGCCGUUGAAAAAGUUCACAGAAAACCGAAAGAAAACUGCAAAAGUUUGGAGGUUUGUUCAUGGUGGCGAAGAAACAAGAGUUGUUUUAGGUAGGCUAUAUAAAGUUGGCUAUAUACUCUUCCAAUUUCCAAAAGUCGCCUAAUUCCUAUUUCCUUCUGCAAUUAAUAUACCGAAUGUAUAUAUUUAAUACUCAUGCAGCUUGCUUUGGCAUACUUUAACAUAUAUGUACACGAACUUGCGGUUGGAUCUCGACAACUGCAGCUGGCCUCUGUAACUCAUGUGGUAGAGCACUGCACCUGCAUCGCAAGGUCACAGCUAGCUUCCAUUCCUGCCAUAGGGCCUAUAUUAAAGUAGUUGCAUUAUUACACUGGCCGCAGCCAGUGUCAUAAUUUGCCCUUGCUUGAAAAUGCUGUCUUUUUCUGUUUUUUCUUGGUUGUCGCAAGUGUGACUUUCCAUUGCGGCUUUGUGGGCUCAGGAUUGCGCAAUUUAACUAGAACAUGCUCACGACGAUUGUUAAGACCAAUUCUACACAAUGUGUUUAACUAUGUUACAAAUCAUAGAUGCUGUAAUUGUGGGGUGUAUUUUAUUUUAUUUCAUUGCGCAUGCGCUUGAACUUUUCUGUGUUUUUCGAUAUGAUAUCGCUGAACUCUAUUGGUGCCGUCCUCUGAAUGUUUGUGAUCAUGAAGUGAUGGCCGUCAAGAAGUGAAGAACAUCUACAUGUUUCAAAUUAUUUUGUAGAAUAUUGCGAUGGUAUUUUACCAACCGCGAGGCCAGUGUGAACGCCUGAACGCCUGAGCAGGCGUCUUGUUUGCAACUGCUCCUGGUUGGGUGUAAUAAAUGUAUAAAAUGCACACUAGAAAUUCCCAUCUUCAAACCCUUAUACAAUAGUACUAUGCAUUUAAUAAACCCCAAUCAAAAUAUGCAAUUUUGAUUAUCAAUCAAAAUAGUAAAAAAUAAAUAUUAAUUUAAAUAAUAAUAAAUAAUAAUUGACAAUUAUUCGCCAAAGGUGAGGUGAUUAUCAGUGAAUAAAAACCGAGACGAAGUCGCAAUAAUCACCGAGCCUGAGGUGAAUAAUUGUUUUAGUAUAAUUUCAUACCUGAUUAUUUGGGCAAAAAUUUAAAAAAUACAAUUCUUUGUCAUUUUAUUGACAAAAUGGCUUUGGCCGCCAUUUCGAAAAUCGCUUAGGUGAUCAACGGCAACCAAUCAGUGUGGAGAAUUUUCAAUAAUCACCUAUGUAAUUAUACUAAUGAAUAUUAUUAUUUUAUUAAUCAAAAUAUAGUAUGCAAUUUAGACAAUCCAGAUUGAAGGUCUGCUCCGCAGACGUCACGACCGGUAUCUCUGGCUGGUAUCAAAGAUACUGCUUACCAUUCAUUUAUAUGAAGAGUUAUGUGGAAGUUUAACUGUUACAAUUCACUGAAGAACACAAUGAUUAUGAAAAAUUUCCAUUAUUCCAUACUGCAUGAAUAUUUUAAAGCUUACUGUAAAUGUAAGCUGAUACGUCACUUCCGUUGGCCUAACUAAUCAGUAGAUGCUAAUAAUCAGCAAGAUAUCAUUUGCAAUUUAUCUCAUUGCUGAAUUGGAUUUUUGUUGUUGGUUUAUCCCUACUAAAAACAGGGAUAAUAGGAUGCAUAAAGAUUUUGGCCAUCUCGUAGUACAGAUGCGUUUUACAUUUAUUUUCAAACAAAAUUUUUGGCCCCAACCAGGAACAGUUGCGAAAAAUGCACUGAACCUGUGGCUGGCCAGGUGACUGGCCAGUAGACAAAAAUGUGUUCUAUGCUUAACAAUAUUAAUUAUUAUUAAAGUGGGUGAAUUUAGGUUAUUACUGUAGGAACAGAAAUUUCCCCCAAAUGCUUACUAAUAAGAUUAUCAUAACUAAAUAAACAACUUUUUAAACAUCGAAUAAAUUGUCAUUUUGUAGAAAAAGAUACUAUGGAUGUGUGGUGUAAUGGAGAAGUCCUUGAGACUGCAGUAAGUGUAUAAAUAUUAUUUUAAAAAUAAUCUCUCAUUCAACAACAUUACCACAUGAUUAAAUUCCUUGGAAUGGCAUGCAAUCACAUGCGCAUGCCUUGGCACGUGCCUCAGCUUAUAAAGAAGUGUGAUUUACUGUAUCAUCUCCUUGAUUAAGCUGCAAUGCAAAAUAUAAUUAUAAGGAUCCUACACUAUUUUUUGUACAUUUGUACAAUGAAAAUUAUAUAGUAGCAUACACUAGUGACUUUCUACAACUAGGUUACCCACAAGGCAGUAAUGCUGCCUUUGACAGCAAAAGACAAACUACAGGGUGUUGAACGAGUCCUUCAGAAACAUCCUAUUAUUGUUUAGCCUGCAUGGCAGGCGGUUCCUAAAAUUGGGCAAGCCUGGGAAAUACCGCCUGCCAUGCAGGCUAAUUAUUGUUAUCCUUGUUAACCCAUUUAUUGACAGUACCCUACCACUGACUGAGUAUUAAAAAUUGUCUGGCGUUGGACAGGGUAAAUACUAAAGUAGGGGUCAUUACUGUGCUGAUCAAUUAACAAGAGCCAUUGGCAGAUAGGUUUGUUAACCCAUUUACUGGCAGUACCCUAUACCACUGACGGGUAAAAUCUUCUGGCGCUCGACAAGGGAAGGGCGCAUUGCCAGCUAAUGGGUUAAACCACCGUGGUUAAACAUAAGAUUUCAUGAUGCUCCAGGAAAUGUAAACAAGCUAUCAGUGUGACAUCCCAGUUUAUAUAUUUAUAUACUCGGAAUAUUGAUUUCUCGGUACAUACAAAAUUAUUUUAAAGUAUAACAACCAGCGAAGACGUAAGGCACUAACUACCCUGUGCGGCUGCGCGCAGACUAUAUAACGACAUAUAUAUGUCAUCCAUCCGGUCCGUCCGUCAUUCAUCCGUCCGUCCGUAUCCGCGUUUUAUCCUAACCCGUUUUUAAAACACAAAGUUUGCAUUUAAUUAAGGCAGUGCGGUUCGUCAUGAUCAAUAUUUUCAAAAGCGGCCAAUUAGACCAGGGGUUAAAGGGCAAUGACAAUGACAUGCAGGUGACAUUUAACAUUGCGUCUCACUAAUUAAAAUUUGCGUGUUUAAUGGUGUUUAUCAAAGGAAGCAAAAAUAUAUACAAGACAAUCUCACAUGUGGAGUUUUUUCACUUACAGUACGUACUGCCUUGUGAUGCAGUACAAGUAUAAAUACAAAUGACAAAGCAUUUGUAAAUCCUAAAACAUAAUUAAAUCAUACGGCACAUUUAAGAUUUUAAUAUCGUAUUUCAGCCGCGUUUAUACUGUUUGGCGCAUUCGCUGCGUUAUAUUCAUGUAUAUACACAGAAAAGCAUGUCAUUGUCCUUGCAGACCAGAGGCAAACAGCAUUUGUCAACCAUGCACAUACCAAAUUUAAGCAAUCGUUAAAUCAGAUACAUGUCAUAGAAAGAAUAUGGAAAUAAUGUUGAAUGAAAGCUAGCAUCGCGUAUAAUAUUAAAAGCACCGCAUAUAGUGCUCGAACCACUGCGUAUAAUUGCAAAAGCAUCGCGUAUAUAAAUGGUGAAAGCAUCGCGUAUAAUACUGGAACCACCGCGUAUAAUGGCGAAAGAACCGUGUAUAAUGCCAAAAGCACCGCCGUAUAAUGCUAAAAGCACCCAACAAAAUGCCGUUUGAUCACUUUAAGCCAGCUAUGGCUUUCCAUAAAAGAAGACCAAAGAUGAAACAUGAUCACAUUGCCUGUUUGCCUUAUGCCUGACCGCGCUGCACCACGGUUAAAAUUCACUGGUACCGUCAUGCAAUGCGCCAAAUAGAAAAUUUUGAUUUCGACCCACAAAACAAAAUUAGGAUCUGCUGCCUUGCUCGCUCGCUUCAGGCUCGCUCGCUGCGGCAGCAAUUAUAUUUUAACAACACAAUUAUAUUCUAACUGCAGAAAAUCAGAAACCUGCACAUUGAUAGGAUUCCAACUACCUGAAAAAUACAAGCAAAAGUACGACGUUUCGAGCGAAGGCAUCGACUUCGUCGGGAUAACUUCCCAACAAAGGGCCGAAACUCGAAACGCUGACGUUUUGAUUGUAUUUUUCACGUCCUAGAUAUUUGACUUUGUAUACAGAAGAUCUAUUAUCUGAUACCAUCUAACAACCAUCUGACACACUUCUACCAUCAGAAACUAUCAGACACGAUCUUCACCAUCUGAUAACCCUUCCCUGUCUAGCCACCCUACACCAUCUGACACUACAUUAUAUGACACCAUCUUCACCAUCAGACAUCAUAUGCCUGUAUUGGACAUUAGUCAGAAUCGAACAUGGUAUCAAACUGCAGAUUAGACAGUGUAAUAUAAAAAUGAGAGAAUGUUUAAUAUCUAGCUGUGUAUACUACAUAGUAGAAAUUGGUAUUUUCAACUUGCACGCAUAGAUGAUCAAUGUCUAUUGAUUUUAGGGGGAAUUUGUUGACGGUGGCACAGAAACGCAUUUUAAACUCCACAAUAAAUACAAUGCUCAUAUCAAAGCAAUUAGUUCUGGCAGACGGAGAGAGGGAAUUAUUCACACGCUGUUUGUUGAAGACCAAGAAAUCGCAGAGACAGAUAUAGACAUCUAGGAGAAUUAGCGUCACGCUAUAGAAUUGUGUCAGCAGAAAGAAAGUGAAACUAUUCAGUAUAACACUGAAAAAAGCAAAUGCUGCUUGAUUACAAAAUAUAGUCGAGGUUUUCACAAAUGCAUGCGUGAUGGUGAGUUAGGUGAUACAGUGUUUUGUCUGAUUACAUAUGCAUGAUAUCAAGAAUAUCCAGACCUUGAUGAGUUUUACCAAGGUAUGCACUUUUCAAUUUAUGCACUUGGGAAAUGUAUAUUUUCUAAUUUAAAACGAAUCAACCGUGCCGAAACUACUGUAAUUGUUCCUUGAACAAUUUUUUGCUACGUGUUAUAGUUCGACUGCAUUUAUCUCGACGCAGAAUGCAUAAUUUAGAUGCGCAUUCCGUGAAACUCUGAAAAUUAUUGCUCAAUGUAGAUAUGUAUUUAAAUAGAUAAUAAUGUAUUUAAUUUCACAUACAGUGAAACCUCCAUUGAGAAAUUCCUUGGAAACGAACACCUCCGCGUUGUUUGGAGGUAUCCGCUGUCUAUAGUAUAGAUGUUUAAUGGCAGUAGCUAGACGAGUGUAGUGUGCAAGAUACAAUGUUACAGUAAAAAAUGGGAUAAAUUGCAUUUGCAGUUUAACAUCUAGCUGAGACUGGGAGAAUUAUAGAAUAUGCGUACCGGUAUGGCAAUUGCUAGAUAGUAUACUUCAAAAUAAAGUUUCCGUUUUUAUAUCAUUUUUUUAAAAAGUUAGGGUUAGGUUGGGGUUUAGGUUAGGGUUAGGUUAGGGUGAGGGUUAGUAUUAGGGUUAGGGUUUAGUUUUGCAUUAGGAUAGUUUUUCUACGUUACAAAAACGGAAACCUUAUUUUGAAGUAUACUAUCUAGCGAUCACCGUACCGGUAUAAGAGUAUUUAUAGCUGUUUCACGCAUGCCAUGGAUUGUAAAAUAACUGGAUAGGAAACUUCCUGACGUCACAGUCUACUAGUUGCAAUCUGUGACGUCACGCGUAUUGCCAAAGUUCUCAGCAUUUUUGUUGUUUCGCUAUAUUUUCCGCUUUAAAAGAGUAAUAUUGAAGCAUAAACUGGUCUAAUUGUUUUAAAAACAUGCCUAAGCCACGACAAAGUAUUCAAGGUAAAUGUUUUUCGUCUUCGUUUUGCAUUUUUUUACAUUUGUAGCUACGAAAUUGGCGUCGCCAAUUUUAACGAAAUUUGCGAUGCAUUUUUCACUGUUUAGUGCUUGAAAUAUUUGCUAAAAUUGACUGGGAAUACUUAGAGAUUUCAUCGUAGAAUGGCGUAUAGUUAUAUUUAUUUGCUCUUUGACUAAAAUGUUUAGCUGUAUUAUUGCUAAACAUGCCGUUUUUGAGAAUUUGGUUUGCAACUAGGUUUCAACAUCCAAUCACGCCAUCAGCUCAUUGAAAACAUUAGGUCACGUCAGCUAGUUUCCUAUCCAAUUAUUUUAUUAUCCAUGCUCAUACAAUAGAACUGUCAUUAAAUAUUUUAUGUACUACCAUAUUUUGCAAGAAAGAUACACUCAACACUCAAGGGAAUAUAUUUUGUUUUUUUAAAGCGAAUCAACCGUUUUUUGAGCGUCUUUUUGCAUAUUCACAUGACGAUUCAACAGUUGAAUCAAUUUGAUAUGCAUACCAGUGUAUUCUAAUUCUUCCAGUCUCAGCUACAUGUUAUGUAUGAGUCAAUUCCAGGAGUAACCAUCCCCCUGAUUUGAUUGGUUAUGAUAGUGUAAAUGCCCAGGUGCCGAGACACAAUUUGAAGACUAAUGCACGGCCCUUGGGCAAGCUGAGAGUGGAAAAUGCCCCACCCCGGGGACGACUUUACAGUCGAUUUCACGAAACUUUGACCACAAAUGUUCUGAACUUCGUUGCGAAGUUAGGAAGCUCAUAUUGGAUUUCACAAGCCAAUUUGUAAACAAAGUCCCUGAUUGGUCCGUGAAGUAGAAGAAGCCAAUCAAAUACGUAGUUUACAAACUGGUUUGUGAAUCUCAUUAUGAAUUUUUGAACUUCGCAACAAACUUGUGAACUUCGUAACGAAGUUCGGAAAAUUUGUGGUCUUAUCUGACAAUAAAUUUCACGCCACCUUGACCACGAGGGCGCAAAGUACGAUCAGCGCGCCCACAUGCGCUCCUGAAACUAGGUUUUGUUGCCUUAAAAUUUGCGGAUGGGAUUCUGGGCAACCAUUUGUCAAAUCCCCGGGGUCCUUCAAUACCCGGCCCCCGUGCA